UCGCGAGGUUGUUGAUAGCUCGCUCCUAAACUCCGGGCCUGCGGAACUCAUCCAGAAGCGCUUCCUUUCCGGGUAGUUAGGCCCACCCAUUCUCGCAGUAAAGGCACGCCACAUCGUGUGUGUUGUGGUCCUUUUUCCCGGCAGGCAGUGCCGCCUUGUAAACAAAAAUAACUCUGCUGCCUGGCGAGGGUGGUUACAACCCCCAAAUCUGAACCAUCCGACAAAGGCAACUACAAAGCUCCGUUGGCUAAGUGGCAAGGGCACUCCUGGCUGCCAACUUUUUCGGGGUUGCAGACAGUCGGCAAACAAGCUGCGAAUGCGACUUUAAAUGUCCAUAAACAUUCAGCUACAAAAAAUAAAUAAAAAAUAAUAAUAGUAAAACAACAUUCGUUCGGAGCAUUUCGUAGCUGCAAGUGCAAGUGUAUCUGUUUCUGAGCUGUGAAAAUGAGUGAAUCCGGUGGCUAUCAGAAAAUGCCGCCCGGUUGGGACUGCAAAUAUGAUCAGACAACUGGAAAUUGCUAUUACAUAAACUAUCUGACGAAGGCCAUGCAGCUGGAGGAUCCGCGCGGCCGCAGUUACAGGCAGUUGCAGAACGAGCGCUGUUCGACGGAGUCGAUAGCCUUGCAGCAGUUGGUCGGUCAGCCGCAGACGUCGCACAACAGCUCGCCGUACCACGUCCAUCCCAGCAACAACUUGACCGCGAUUCGGGCCUUCCAAGAGCGCCAUCAACCCACGCUGCAAAACGUCUCGACCAGUCCAUUAUUAUCGGCCUCCUCCAGGGGACACUUGGAAAUGUCUUCACCUCUACCCUUUCAACGAGCUCGCUUAGGACCAAAUAUGUCUCGGCGUUCCACCAUCCAGGAGACCUCGUUCACCACCCAAGCGGAAACAGAUGCCGUGGUAACCAAGAUCCAGAACAUGUUCCCCACCGCUGGCGAGAAUCAUAUACGCCUCCUGCUCAAGCGCUACUAUAAUAGUGAGGCGGUAGUCAUCAGUGCUUUACAGGUGGAGAAGCACCCGGUGACCAUGCCCGGUCCCUUCGUGACGCCCCCUUCGCAGAGGCAUCUGUUCCAUAGCAGCUCCGCCUUCUACAUGACGCCACCGGCACGUCGUCCGGACACGAUGACUAGUCGGCGCACCUCGCGCACGGCCAGUCCCUUGCCCGGCGGACGUUUCGGUAGUCUCGUGAGCGUGCAGAGCGGUCCUGGUGGUCCUGGCCAUUCUAGCCACCAGGUGGUACUACCUUCUGGUUCGGCUGUUCCGCCAGCUCUGCACGGAUCGCCCAUGUGGCGCAGCUCACCCAGACCGCACUCAUCGCCCAAGAUGAAACUGAGAUACAUGAAGAACAUAUUUCCCAAGGCGGAUGAGGAGUUGCUUCUCGAUGUCCUAGCUAAUGCGGAUAACAAUGUGCAAUUUGCCUCGGAGAAAUUGAUUUCCUUGGGAUACACCAAAAGGGAGAUGCAGCAGCCACACAGACCGAACAAUCGUCCUCCGGAACUGAAUCAAGAUCAGCAGGCUGGAGGUGAUCAGGGUACUGUACACAUACCCCUGAGACCUAAGGAAUACACAGAGGAGGAGAAAGCCAAAAUGCAAACUUUGCUCAAGGAGAAGUACCCACAAAUUGCCGAGCGCAUUAUAUUGAUGGCUUUGGAGUCCGUUAACUAUGCCGAGGAUCGAGCAACCCAGAUCCUACAGAUAGUUCAGGACGAGGAUGAGCAGAGAGCCCAGAAGCAGGCCCCAUCGAAUCCCAAACACUUGGAACUGACAAAGACCACCGGAACCGAACAGGUGGAUGGUGCCACCGGAGACAGCCUGCCCACUGUGGUGGAGCCCAACACCUCAUCCAAACAGAAGCCACCGCACAAGCGCCACAUAUUGCCAUCGAUCAAUGUCACCACACCAUCGACGUUUACCACUCAGAUAAUUUUGGCCCAAGCCACGCCCACACCAACGCCAACAGUGGAGGAGAAGCUGGAGACUCAUCUGUCAUCCAUAUCGAGUGCAUCAUCAUCGCAUUCAUAUGUCUCACCCGCACAAUCACCAUGCAUCCUCCAAAAAAGCUACGAACGGCUGACCACCAAGAGCAUCCUGGCCAAGAGCGGCUAUAACCAUUAUGGCCACAGCGAUACCAAUAACUACAGCAUCGGAGGCUACCUGCAUGGCUCCUCAAAUGCUAGCUCCUACUCCUCCUACUCCGCAUCAAUGACGUCCUCAUCGCUGGCCUCGUCGGCCCAGUCCAACUCCUCAUCCAUCGCGAGGAGGCCAGCAUUCGAAAGUCGCGCUCGCACCAAAACCGAUUCACUGAAGCAUCGUCAGCAUUCCUUCGGGAACUCUCACAACACGGAAUCUGCAGAAUUUCAAUCUAUCAUCGAACGUAUGGCCACUAUGGGACCCAAUUCUCAGCUAAACAAGGGAGCAGAUGAAAAUCUUCUACUAGCCGACUAUGUCACCUGGAAUGGACCCAAUACAAAGCUUCUCCAAAAGCAGCCCACUUCAGGGCCAGAUGCCAGUCUCUUGACAGAUCGAACUUACAAACCAAGAGGUGGUAAUUCGGAUCUUUGCAAAGGAGCCCAAUCAGGAUUGGCCAAGGGCAGCAUCUACGCUCAGGGUAGCAACAAAAGCCCCAACAUCAAAUGCAACUAGGCGGGGGCACCCCAUCUCGAAUCUCCGCUAGAGUGCCAAAGAAAAAUAAAAGAUGGAACUUAGUAACUAGCCACGCACCACCCUCCACAAGUUCAGACUUAACAUUUAUAUGUGUCGUAAAGUGUUUUUUUGCUCUACUCCCAAAUCCAUUCCACACCCAAAAAGUCACAUUCCAUCCAAGCUCCAAUUAUUUUUUAGUAACUCGUAAAUAAACGGACUUUAAAACUAA